UUAUUUCCGAAAUCAGAUUAAAAAUAUUAUACAUAGUAAAAUAUACAAAGUAAAAUAUUUAUACAUGUAUACAAAGACAAAAAUCGGUGGAAAGCCCAAUUCAGCAGUGUUUAUAGAACGCUACUGUUCUUCCUUGGGGUCCUUAAUUGAGAGACCUUCAUCAGAACCAUGAUGAAAAGCAGCGUUGCUGAUCAUGUUUUUAUCCUGUAUAAAUAUGAUUCAUUAAAUAAAUAACAGUAAUAAAGCAUGUACAAAAGAAUAUUUGCUUUUCAAUGAAAUACAUUUUAUUGCGUGGUUACUCUCUGUUUGAUAAUGUGAUCUUGCACAAGAUCGAAUCCCUGCCCUAGUUCUAGUGCCCUGGUUUCAGUGCCCUUGGUCUAGAUGCCUUGAAGUCAAACUACCCCUCGUUUCUGUGCUACCACACCACUUUUUAGCUAUAGUUGAACGUAACAAGAACCUUAUAUAACGCAUCCUAAGUCGUCAGCAAUGUUAUUGAUUUCCUUCGUCUUAAUCGAUAUUUAAGAUUUUGUGAAGAGUUGCAUUGCGAGAUAAGGGUUUGAUGCGCAAAAGCAGAUAUUGAUUGUGAGGCGGAGAUGGGACUAACUGCACCCUCGUUUUUUUUUACGGUAGACCAUUGUGCGCCUUAACAGUCGGUGUAAACGGAUGUCUUCGUCUAUGCCAGCUUGGAUAUAUCGAAAUAUGUCCCUCCUUGUGUAGAUUAAUUUGGAUAAUCUUUACCAGCAUGCGAUGUGUGUUUGUACUAGUCCUGCUCCUAGGAGUAGCUAGUGCGAAGACGCAGGACUCAAGUUCGUCUUGGUGGACAGGGAGUGAUUCUUCUUCUUAUUCAUGGUGGGGGUCUUCAUGGUUGGGAUCUUCAUGGUUGGGAUCUUCAUGGUGGGGAUCGUCGUGGAGGGGCUCUUCGUAUGAAUCUUCUUGGUGGGGGGAUUCUUCGUGGUACGGGUCAUCUUGGUGGUGGUAUUCGUCGGAUGGCAGCUCGUUCAACUUUCCCGUUGACAUCCAAGGGCUGAUCCAGGUAUUUGGCCAGGCCAUCAACGCCGACACCAUGCCCGAAUCCAUCGGAAUAAUUUGCGACAGUUUCGAAGAACUUGGGGAGUUACUGCCAGAGGGGAUGCAGUCUUUUAUUUGCGAUACCCUCGUCAAUGAUCCAGAGGAUGCUGAUUUUAACGAGGCAUGUGAAGAAAUAAUGGAACUGUUUGUGGGCGAAUUUGAAGAUGAAGAACGCGAGAAACGAGAUGCUUCGUCUAGCUCAUCCUCCUCCUCCUCCUCCGGGUCCUCCCUAUCUUCGUCUUCCUCCUCAUCCUGGUCCUCCCCAUCUUCGUCUUCCUCCUCAUCCUGGUCCUCCCCAUCUUCGUCUUCCUCCUCAUCCUGGUCCUCCCCAUCUUCGUCUUCCUCCUCAUCAUGGUCCUCCCGAUCUUCGUCUUCCUCCUCAUCCUGGUCCUCCCGAUCUUCGUCUCCCUCCUCAUCCUGGUCCUCCUCAUCCUGGCCCUCCUCAUCCUGGUCCUCCUCAUCUUGGUCUUCGUCGUCCUGGUCUUCGUGGUACUCAUCGUCAUGGUUGUCGGGUUCCUGGUCGUCUUGGUGGGAUUGGGAAUCAGACUGGGAAUAUUCAGAAUGGUGGUCUGGAUCUGACGACUGGUGGUGGGAAUCAGACUGGAGUGAAGGAGAUGGUGAAUGGGAUAUUGUACUCGAUCAGUUCACCGAUGCUCUCGGUAUUGUCGAUCCCGAUAGCGACCAAUCUGUUUGUCGUGGCGUGACCGGUACGAUGCAGUACGAUUCGAGUAGUGUUAGUGACAUUAUGGACGAAUAUGCUUAUGAUUUUAUCUUACUAGUCCUCUCCGAUGAAGUUAACAGAUGCCGGAAGUCAUCUGAAUUCAGCAGCUCAUCAUCUAGCUUCAGCAGCUCGUGGUCGGAAAGCGAUAACUCUUCGUCUUUCGGUGACUCUUUCAGCUUCAGUAGCUGGUAUUUUCCUGAUCUUUCCAUUCCUGAUGUCGUGUCCACGGUCGUGAUGACGCUCGGGGACUAUGCAGACAAAGAUGAUUACUGUACCGACAUUGUGCAAGCAGCUUUUGAUGAAAAGAAUGGGAAUCGCGAUGCUCUAGACACAAUACUAGAUACAAUGAAAUCGAAUAUCUUUGAACUUGUUUCUUCGAUGUCAUUCUGUGAAGACAUGUUGGAAAAUCUGAUGGAAGAGGCUCCAGACUUGAUGAACAUGACGUUCAGAUUCAUCAACAUCACUCAAUUGGAUAUUUGUACUACCAUUAUUGAUUCUUUCGAUGAGGAUGCAGAUUUUGAUAUUGAUUUUCCUUCAUCUUUCCCAGAAGGAAGUUCAGAUUCAUGGUCAUCCUCCUUUAGCUGGUCAUCCUCUUUCUUGUCAUCGUCUUGGUCAUCCUCUUUCCCGUCAUCCUCUUCCUCGUCAUCAUCAUCUUGGUCAUCCCCUUCCUCGUCAUCAUCAUCUGGGUCAUCCUCUUCCUCGUCAUCUUCUUCCUCGUCAUCCUCUUCCUCGUCAUCAUCAUCCUCGUCAUCAUCAUCUCGGUCAUCCUCUUCCUCAUCAUCAUCUCUGUCAUCCUCUUCCUGGUCAUCAUCAUCUCGGUCAUCCUCUUCCUGGUCAUCAUCAUCUCGGUCAUCCUCUUCCUGGUCAUCAUCAUCUCGGUCAUCCUCUUCCUGGUCAUCAUCAUCUCGGUCAUCCUCUUCCUGGUCAUCAUCAUCUUGGUCAUCCUCUUCCUGGUCUUCAGCAUGGUCUUCAUCAUCUUGGUGGUGGUCUAGCUCUCCGUGGUCGUGGGGGUCCAGCUACGAAGGUGAAUGGGAUCCAAUCGAUCCACGCGUCGCCGAACAAGUCCCUAUUGAAAUUUGGAUCCAGCUUGCUGGACGAAUUUAUCAAGCCGAUAAUUUGCGGGAGGGUGCUCUCAUAUUCUGUGAAACUGUUCCAGACACGUUAAUGGAUAGGGUAGCGAAGGAUAUGUGCCAGGCUUUGGACGACGAAAACUUCUAUGAGUUUCUCAAACUCUGCUACCAAGUCUCGCACGAAGAUGAUUAUGAUGACUGGGAAGACUGGGAGGACUGGGAGGACUACACGGAGGAUAUUUUCUUCGAUAGUCUACUUGAUACGGUUCCAUAUGCGUUGAAUAUCAGUACCGAGGACCCUUAUAGAAUGUGCAAGUCCUACACCGACCUGUAUUCAUUGGACAAUGAUGGAAUAAAAGAAAAGGCCAACAACCUGAUCUCUGCCAUCGUCUACUACAGUGGCGGCUGGCUUUACAGCACUUCCUGUUGGAGAUACUAUGACUGGAGGCAUUUUUGGCCAUCCUCGUGGUCUUCUAGCUGGUCUUCCGAGGUAUCAUACUCCUUCGAUGAAUCAAGCACGCUCUGGAAUUACAAAGUACCUUCCGUUGACUCCCUGGACAAUGUUCUCUCAGUGAUCUUCCAACAACUUGGCGAUUGGAGCAGUGAGGAGCAAAUGUGUAAGCAGGUAGCGUCUAUAUCAGGAGACCCAGACCUCAGCGAUGAACUGUUUGAUUUGCUAGACGACAUGGUCAGCAACAUCCUGGAAAUGACGACCAAUCUUCGUUCCUGUAGGAACUUUGUCAACACAGUGACAAGCAAUGGAAUUCUCACCAGUGAAGAUAUAGAGGAAAUGACAGGCUAUUCAAGUGCUUCUGAUCUAUGCGAUUUCGUCGUGGAAACUUUCUCGGCAAAUAGAAUCAAAAUUGACGCUAUUGAUCUCCCCGAAUUAGACGGAUAUAGCUAUAGUGAUGAUAUUUUUGGUUAUCUCGGGGAACAAGCCAUGGAGUCUGGUAUGAUCGCCCCACUGAUUCCCUUCGAAACGGCUGUCAAACUGAUUGCAAAGAUGUACAACGCAAAUAACUUUCCGGAGAUGAGCGAGAUAGUUUGUGAUGUCAUGGGAGAAUACCUGGCUCGUGUACAUGGUAUGGGUGACGUUGUAGAGCCGAUCUGCAGGAUCUUUACCAGUUCCGGUUCUGACCCCCAGGAUUUGAUAUCGGACUGCGAAGAAAGUCUGAUCCCAGCCUACUACGGACCCGAUUAUCCAACCGCCCUUCGUGAAUUUGACGUUGACAAGUUAUUGGACUUUAUCUCUGAUUACAUUGACAUUGAUCUAAGUGUCCUUGAAGAAGAAGAUCCACAGGGGAUCUGCGUUGAAGCGGGUGAUACAGUCAAAGAAAUACUGACAUCAGACAUGAGUAUCCUGGACUUUGGCAAGGUCACCAUGGUUGAUAUUGGUACAUGGAUGAUCAAUGAAUACGGGAUGGCGUUUUGCGAGCAGAUUGACCAGAUUCGGUCCUAUCUCGAAGAUUUGCAAUGGUGGGAUAAUUACGGUCAAUGGUGGUACUGGGAUUCGUCAGUGGAGGAGUUCGAUUACUACAGAGACACUCCACGUUUCCUCAGACAAGAAGACCUUGAUAUCAUGGAUGACAUCAUGGGCGUCCUCACCGGGAUGGGUAGCAUGGACAGGGUCUGUGACAGCAUGGUCGAUAGCAGGGAUGAUCUCGAAGGCUACAUGGAAUUCAUGGCUGAUCAAGUGAUCGGGAUCUUGGAGAACGUGGACCGAUGCGAGCGUUUUGUCGACACUAUUGAGGAUAUCAUCAUGUCCGGGGACAUCUUUGAAGGGGGUAACAGCUGGGAUGUCAGCUGGGAAUCGUCUUGGACAUGGUGGUCGUCGUCCGCUCCAUACAGGAUGGACAUCGAUGACAUCCUGCGAAUGAUUGGAUUUGAAGGCAAGAACGACCUGUGUCUGGCUGUUGUCCAAGCUUUUACUGAAGAGACCGUUGAGGAAUGCAGAGGAAUCGUCGAUUGCGCCGGUGAGUGCAACGGGCCCGCCCGUGAAGACUGCGCCGGCGUCUGCAAUGGCGACGCUGACACCGAUUGCGCCGGCGAAUGCAACGGGGAAGCGUACAUCAAUUACUGCUUCGAGUGCGUAGGUGGACGGACGAACAGGGAUGAGGAAUUCGGAGCUGAUCGAUGUGGUUUGUGCAAGCAGGCCAAGGACUACAAAGAAAUAUGGGAUUGCUCUGGUUCCUGCAACGCCACUGCUUUCUAUGAUCGAUGUGGAGAAUGUGUUGGCGGAGAUUCGGGCCUAGCCGAGGACGCCAAUGACAACCGCCUCGAUUGCCGUGGGGUGUGCGAUGGAGACUGGGUGGAUGAUACAUGCGGAUUCUGUGAACCCUACUCGAGAGUCAACUACACUGGUGGCAGUAAAUACAUGGACUGCUCUUCCACCUGUGUCACCCCAGGAUUCCCUCGUGGUCAGGAGAAUGACUGCGGUGAAUGCUACGGAGGUAACACAGGACUCGAUAUCGAUGAAGGUCUCAAUGCUUGCGGUCAGUGCGAGAGCGAUGCCGAGGCUGACGAGCAGUCGUGUGCCGGCUGCGACGGAGUUCCCGCCAGUGGUUUAGAAUACGAUGCGUGUGGAACAUGUGGCGGUGACGGUUCAGAUUGUGUCGGUGUACUGGAAGUUACUCCUAAUGUUGUACCGAACAAAGCUACUUCGAUUCACGUGUUAGGAGCCGGCUUCAACAGUGAUGCAUCCCUAUCAUGUGUCUUCAUUGACGGCAGUGGUGAGCAAUACGAAGAAGAGAUAGAUAGUCUAGUGAGCUACUACGAGCUGUAUUGUACCACCCCUGCUCUUGGUGCAGGUGAAUAUGAUCUGGCUAUCAAGCGUAACAGUGACUCAGUCUCAGAAUUCAGACAGAGUAUCUACGUAUAUGAAGAUUUCAGCUUUACCAGCAUUAGCCCGACCGAGGCCCUAGUUGAUGUGGAUCCAAGACUUCAGACAUUCGAGAUCACGGCUCCAUCUGGUUCAUUCAGUGAUCUUAGGUCACUGUCUGACUACACUGUCGUCCCGUCCGUCUUCGUUUCUCCUGAAGACGAUGCCGAGACUGUCUGGAAUAGUGAGGGUACAUUCACUAACGAUAGGACGUUUACUGUCGACUUCAUCCUACCUACCACAUCGGGUCGAUUCUACGCCUUCCCGAGCAUCAACGGACAGGACAGUCUUCUCGGAGACCCUGUGACGCUGACUGCUUACUGGGCAGCACCGACCAUCGAAUCAGCUCAGUUCUCCCCCACAGGUGCUUUCUUGUGGGUGGAGUUUGGUGCCCCUGUCCACUACUACGACCUCCAAUCGUGUGAUAGUAUCUUCGAGGAUGUGGAUGGUCUUGGGAGGGGUGCCUGGUGUAUCUGGGCUGGCCCUAUGAGUCUGGCUGUCAUCUUCGGCUCCGGAAGUAAUCUCUUAGGCGUCGGGGACAGUCUGACACUGAAGGACGACUCGGUGUAUGCCUUCCUGCAGGAUUAUUCUUAUCCAGCAAACGGCAGCGUGCCCAUCCAGACUCCCGAACAAGCCCUCAUCCCGACCGCCAUCCUCUCAGGACCAUCAACCAUCCCCAGCUGCGGGAACGUCGUACUUAAUGGACGUCGUUCGACUGGAUCUGGCGCUCGCCCUCUCACCUACGAGUGGUCGGUCAGCGCUUCCACCGUCGAAGCUAACCUCACCGACGCAUUGGAUACCAUCAAUGCGGCCAACGGAGGUUACGGAGUAGCAGACCUCGUUCUAGAUGGAGCCCUUCUAACCGAAGCUGACGAAGAGUACGAGUUCACACUCGAUGUCACUAACUUCCUCGGUGAAUCCAAUUCGGCUCCCCUGACCGUCGUCCGUACGGCCACGCUCGCACCUGAGGUCAACAUUCAACCUCGUGGUGUCGAUGUCGAAUACGUCAAGGUGGCCGACCUGUUCUACCUGGUUGCCGACAUCAAGUACUAUUCCGAGUGUGUAGCGGCUGGCGAAACAGUGAUCGAAUGGUCGGUGAACGACACCAGCGUGGCUCUCAAUCUCUUCACCAUGUACACACGCGCUCUCAGGGUAGACGAAGGAUCACUGCCAGGUGGAGCGACCAUCCUCUUCACGGUGCGAGUGUACAAGUCUAGUACUCCUAGCCAAGUCACGGAGACCUCUAUCCUAGUCACCACCCAUCAGUCGGAUCUCUUUGCUAAGAUCGAUGGCGCUACCGAGUUCACUGUGGGGCGCGACAGCGGAACCAUCACAUUGGUCGGUACCAACUCGAUUGAUCCUGACGAACAGGCUCGUGACUGGGAGUACGUUUGGCUUUGCGAACAGACGGAUGACAACUCUGCCUGCUGGUCGUACGACCCCGACGCACUCGGCACGCUGAUCAUCAACGAUAGCAACAGCGGUAUGGGCGUGCUCGAGUUCGAUGCCCAGGCGCUUGAGGCAGACAAGACUUAUCAAUUCAGCCUGACCGUCAGGAAGGAAACGAGAACGGCUCAGACAUUUGUCACCAUUCUGGCCGUUAAUGGAAACCCACCUAAGAUAAUCCUGACUACAAACGAUGACGACAGCGUGAUCAACGACGACGUACCUCUCGAACUGACAGCCUAUAUCUUCCAUUCAUCAGAUCUGUCCAAUGUAGACUGGGCCACUGUUGAUACCACGUCAGGUUAUUCUUACAUCGACCUGACUGAUUCCGAAAACCUGCUAGGAGAAGCACAGCUCCUUGAGACUGGGGAUGGUCUCAGUAUUGCAACCAUCACUAUUGAUAGAGACAUUGUCCAGCGUGGUGCGAGCUAUGCAUUCUCCCUCAACGUAACGGACAUAGAUGACCAGUACAGUACUGUGAAGAGCUACGUCGUAGUCCGAUCAGGACCGACAUCGUGCGAGUUCUCCGUACCCAGUUAUGAGGAACUUGAUGAGGUGACGUUUACGACGGAGAACUGCGUCACCUCAGCUGACGCCUACCCACUCAACUACCAGCUCUCCGUGGUCAAAGCCGACGGCGAACUGGAGAUCAUCACCGAGAGGAACUCCGAGCCAAGUUUCACUGGUGUCGGCAAACCAAAGCUAGAAGGAAGUGAUAACAGAACAUACAUCAUCACUGUUUGUGAUAAGAACGAGAUGUGUGCUACUUGGAUUGCCGGGACGAAUGUUUCACUGAAGUUGAGUUUCUCUGCUGCAGACAUCAACUCCUUCAAGGCUGACUUCGUCAAUGCAAAGACUUUCGGUGGUGACCAUAUCGGAGCCCUGGCUAAUCGCAACAUGCUGGCCUCUAAGGUGGAGGACGAGGAAUCGAGACGACGUCGUACAGCUUCGGACGAGACGUCAGCCACCGCAGCGGAACAGAUGGUCCUGAUCGCCAAUGUGUUGGAUAACACCGUACUUGAUACGACCACGGCUCAGAUCCUCAUCGACCAGAUCGCAGCUGUAAGCCCAGCUCAGUUGUCGUUGGAAGAUCAAGAUACAUUCUUGGGCUACAUCAUCCAGAUCGUGAACGUGUACGUUAGUGAAGAUGUGAUCAUUCCCGAUUCCAGCGCCGAGAGCAUCCUUUAUCAGCUAGCCGUCAUCGGGGAAGGACUCACAGCCACAGACAACGGUGCCAUGAUCAACAAGAUAAAUAAAAUCACCGGCAAGAUCACGACAUCAAUGACGGGUUCAUUGGCGCUUGGUGCACCUCGACAGGAGAUCAUCUCAGCCGACAUCACAGUCGGUGUCAUGAGGGCUCUCCUGACCGGCAGCUUCUCAUCUGCUAGUACAGGGUCUGGAGCUGCGACUAUUGACUUUGGCAGUGAACUCAACAGUCUGUUCGGGAGCGCUUGGAGCUGUGCUGAUGGAGAGACAUGUUCCGGAGUGACCAUUACCUUCGCUCAUUACACAACCGACAAUGACCCAUUCUCCACUGAUGACGAUGAUCUCAAUUAUCGAGCAGCUGAUAUCAUCAGCAUCGAACUGUCAAACCCAUCGACAGGUGCCAAAUUGAACGUGAGUGACCUGACCACACCGGUGACCAUCUCCUUCCCUCUGACCGUCUCCCUGACCGGUGUCUCUUACGACUGUGUCUUCUGGGACUAUGACAUCAACGACUGGAGCACGGAUGGUCUGACAUCGACCACGGUGGACAGUAGCACGGUGUCGUGUGAGAGCACCCAUUUGACAGAGUUCACCGUCAUCGGAUCGCCCGUCCUGACCACGGAGACGCCACCUCCAACGGCAGAAUCUGAUGAACUUGAUGGAUUAACAAGUCUGGUCCUAUAUAUCGCCAUUGGAUGCGCUGCUGGAUUCAUUGUUCUGAUCUUUGUGGUGAUACUACUGAUCUGUAUGGUGAUGAGGGUUAAUAAGAAGUCAGCAGUGGCUUCUACCAGCGUCGAGAGCGGUCAAUCCAGUCAACCACCACCACCACCUCCACAACAAAACUCCGUCGCCAACCCCAUGCCUCCAGGCUACGGCUCCCAGCCGCCGCCCCCACCUUACGGGUACGCCCAGCAGAACCCUUACAACGACCUGCCGCCCCCACCCUUUGCCGUGGGACCCUUUGCCCCUCCCCCUGUGGCUCUGGUCGGUAAUGACGGUAGGGUUGUCAAUGGAACAGUUGACACCACCAACAACCCCGCCCCGAAGGGUAAGAUGGCCAAGGCUGCAGACGCCGAUAACUCCUAUAUGGAUUACAUGAAUAACGUGGUAGGACGACCAGGUGGUAUGGGUGGCGGUAUGCCGGGUGUGGACAAUGUCAUGCCAAGCUACGGUGGUGCCAGUACCUCACCUAGGGCGCCAUCUGCGACGGGUAGCCAUUCGUCUUAUCAUCACUAAAAGCUGAAAACACUAUACGAUCCAGACCUACAAAUGUACCUCCCAACAUAAUUACCUAUAUAUUUAUAACAAAAUAAUCAUAACAAUAACAUUAUGACCUUCCUUAUCAUUGUGAUGUCUCGAGUAUCUUCUGAGUACUGACUGAACAAUAUUUUGGGUCAGAUUUUAUGGAUUGAUAUCUCAGAUGUCAGUGGUAAUAGGCCUACAUAAUAAUGCUGUUUUUACCAAUUGUAAAUCGUCAAAUGUUUCCCUUUAAACCCUCCAGAUAUACAUCAAUACCAUUAAUCACAAUGUUUAUAAUUCCAUACAGAUAAUUCGUGCUGAAUGAAUCUUUUACCCCUAGUGGAUGUAUACACUAUGAUCAAAAUCGACGUUGUGAGUGUAAUAAAAAAAAAUAGCACAUAAUAUAGAUAGCAUUGAGUAAGUAAAGUGUGUGCCGUUUUUUAAAAUGAUUUAGUUUUCAAAAUAUUAUACCAUUUAUACAUAAUGUAAUUAUGUAACUUAGAAACCUCCUUUUACUAUCGAAAAAAUAUAUAGCUGCGUAUUAUGAUACAUAUGAAUAUCAUUUAGUAACGAUUCAGAUUUGUUUUAAUUCAAUAUUUUUAGGUAUGCAUAUUAUUUUAUGUAAGUAUAUUUGACGACUCUUUGAAGUCUGUAGAUAUCCAUUAAAUUGACUUUUAUUUGAGAAAUUAGAAAGUGAUUUACAUGAAUAUUGAGAAUGUGAUUUGCACCGAUUUUUAUAAGAUUUGCAGUGAAUAAAACAAUGAAAACACAAUUCUUACUAUUAUAAUCUGUGUCAUUCUUUAUGAGUAGUAUCUUUAUAUAUA